UAAUUAAAAAAUUAAAAAAAAAAAAAAAAUACCCAUUUCUCCUUUUUCCCAGCAACAAACAACCAUUCAUCCAAAUUACACUCAUCACCCCUUUCUCUCUCCUCUUACGUCGUCUAUCUGGGUUCUUCCUUCAAUCACCCCCCCCCCCAAAAUCAUUUCAAAUUCCAUUCUCAAUUCUCAAUUUCAUUUGGGUUGUUAUUAUUUUUAGGGUUUUUUUAUUUAAUUUCCGAUGGCUGCGGUCGCCCCUUCGCCGUCAUCGAAUAACAACAAGAAGGAGAGGGAAAACCUUCUUCUGGGGCGGUACGAGGUCGGAAAACUCUUGGGCCACGGCACAUUUGCCAAAGUCUAUGUUGCGAAAAACGUCAAGACCGCCGAAUGCGUGGCGAUCAAAGUUCUCGACAAAGAAAAGAUCAUGAAAGGAGGUCUAAUGACGCACAUCAAGCGUGAGAUUUCAAUCCUCCGCCGUGUUCGCCACCCCAACAUCGUUAAACUCUUCGAGGUUAUGGCAACAAAAACCAAAAUCUUCUUUGUCAUGGAAUAUGUUCGUGGUGGUGAGCUCUUCAAUAAGGUGUCCAAGGGUAGAUUGAAGGAAGACGUUGCUAGAAAGUACUUCCAACAGUUGAUUUCCGCAGUCGGGUUCUGUCAUGCUAGAGGCGUUUAUCAUCGGGAUCUCAAGCCGGAGAAUCUUUUAGUCGACGAAAACGGUGACCUCAAAGUCUCCGAUUUCGGGCUUAGCGCUGUAUCUGAUCAGAUACAGCAAGAUGGUUUAUUCCAUACAUUCUGCGGAACUCCGGCGUAUGUUGCGCCGGAGCUUCUCGCUCGAAAAGGGUACGAUGCGGCGAAGGUGGAUAUUUGGUCAUGUGGGGUGAUUUUGUUUGUGUUAAUGGCUGGUUUUUUACCUUUUCAUGAUCCUAACAUUAUGUCAAUGUAUCGCAAGAUUUAUAGGGGUGAAUUCCGGUGUCCGAGAUGGUUUUCGCCUGAAUUGACUAGGUUGUUGCGUCGAUUGCUUGACACCAAUCCCGACACUCGAAUCACCAUUCCUGAAGUCAUGGAAAACAAAUGGUUCAAAAAGGGUUUUCAGAAUGUCAAAUUCUACUUCGAAGACAACAAAAUGUGUACUUUCAAAGAGGAUGAUGAUGUUUGCAGCAACUUUGAUGAGACAGAAUGUUUGUCUGAGUCCGAGUCUGAGUCUGGGUCUGAAAUACAACGACCGCGAAAGCCUGUUCCAGGCUUGCCUCGCCCGGCAAGCCUGAACGCUUUCGAUAUCAUCUCAAUGUCCCGAGGGUUCGAUCUCUCGGGACUCUUCGAUGAUGAUGAUGGGGAAGGCUCAAGGUUCGUGUCCGGAGCACCGGUGUCGACAAUUAUAUCAAAAUUGGAGGAGAUUGCGAAGGUGGUGAGCUUCACAGUGAGGAAAAAGGAUUGUAGAGUGAAUUUGGAAGGGUCUAAAGAAGGUGCCAAAGGACCAUUGACAUUACAAGCCGAGAUAUUCGAGUUAACCCCAUCUUUGUGUGUGGUGGAGGUUAAGAAACAGGGUGGUGAUAAAGGAGAAUAUGAAGAGUUUUGCAAUCAAGAAUUGAAGCCUGGUCUUGAGAAUCUGUCUGUUAGUGAACAGUCUCCUCCGGCUGUUGAAGUUGCCGCCGCGAAUUUACCGUCGGAUACGGAGUAGAUUCGUAUUCUCUAUUUGAAAAUCAUUAAUUUAUAUGCUUUUUUUGGGGGGUUUAUAUCUUAUAUUAUCAGCUAAUUAGGGGCAGAUUUCUAUAUUAUUUUCAAAAUUUAGGUGAGUCAAAACUUGAAAUGCUGUAAUGGUUGAGACUCUUGAGACCAAGGAAUAUAUAUAAUAUAGUGAGAAUAUACUUUUUAGUAAAAUUUUACUUCUA